UUCGCCAUUUUUCGCUGUAGAACGUUGGACUGAUCCGAUCAUGAGGUACAUGACAGCCGUUGUAUCAUCGCUGUUCGUCAUCUCAGUGUUGGCUGGUCCGGUGGAGAAAAACCAGCGCAUUUUCAAUGGCGAAGUGGCAGCACCCGGCCAGUUUCCGUAUUUGGUUGGAUUAAUCACAUCAAUUGGUAUCUGCGGUGGCUCGCUCAUCUCGGCCAAUUAUGUACUCACGGCUGCGCAGUGCAUCGUAGAACUGGAAUCGGUUACCGUGGUCAUAGGAAGUACUCGGAUUUUCGAUCAAACCGACGAGGGUCAAAUCCGGCUGAAGGCGACCAAUUUGAUUGUUCAUCCGGGUUACGAAAUCGCCGGUGAAAUGUUCGAUGUCGGAUUAAUUCAAUUGCCACAAAGUGUUACCAAUGUGAGACCGAUUCGUUUGCCAAAUUUACGGCAAGCGGAAGCAACAUUCGUGGGACAACAGGCAACCGUUGCCGGCUGGGGAGCGACUGGCCAGGGUGAGCCCCAGUCGGAGGAUUUACUGUUUGUCAGAUCGGCCGUCGUCUCGGUAGCCUCGUGCCGGUUGUCGCUACCCACACAGCAAAUCACGGACAACCACAUUUGCGCCAACUCGGACAGCAACUCCCCGUGCAAGGGAGACUAUGGCAGCCCCCUAACGAUUGUGGACGUCGACGGAAUCACCACCCAAAUCGGAGUAUUCUCACUAAAUUCCGUUCUCGGAUGCCAAAGUAACCGCCCGGCUGUGUAUUCUAGAAUGUCAUCGUACCUGACAUGGAUUGGAGAUAAUUCUGAUGUCGUGAUUGCCGAAGAUUUCUAGUGCAUUCAGAAAUAAACAAGCGUGGUUUUACUACAUAUUCAUUACUAGGAACGAAGGAGAUAUAUUCUAUAAUAAAGAUUGUACUCGAACAAAAUAAAACGAUCAUCAAAAAUUCAAAUUAGAAAUUCUAAGGGAAUAAAUAAACACAUACUAGCAGUUUUUGUAAAGUUGGUUUAUUCAACCUCCUCUCCAAGGUUAAA